CUUGACCAUUCGCAAUUCCGAGAUCAUUCCCCAGCUAGACGCCAGACUGAAUGCACUGGAUAAUGGAUGGAAAAAAAUGGGUACGCCAAAGGAAGACUACGAGAGGUCAGGCCGACUUAUCAACGUACAAACAAGCCUAUGAAGAUGUAAAAGCCGGAUCUUCGUUAAGAACAGCGGCAGAAAAGAAUGAACUAAACCACUGUUCCCUGUUGUGAUAUGUACGUAAACGAGAUGCGACUGGUGGCGAUGAAAAUCAAGAAAUGGGAUAUAAGGCUCACAAUCGAGCCUUUAACCAGGAACAAGAGCAUGAGCUAUCUAAAUAUUUAAUUAGAUGUGCAGACAUAUAUUUUGGUCUUACUAAAAAGGAUGUUAUGAAAUUGGCAUACGAACUAACCGUCAAGUACGACUUAUCACGACCUCGGACUUCGGAUGACAACGAAAUGGCUAGCGAAGAAUGUUUUCGCAUGUUUAUGAGAAGAAAUCCUCAACUAUCAGUACGCGCAGCACAGGCUACAAGUCUUUCUAGGACGACUAGCUUUAAUAGAAUUAACGUAGAUGCUUUCUACGACAAUUUGGCUACUAUCACGGAUCGUUAUAAAUUUGAACCACAAAAUAUAUAUAAUGCUGAUAAGACCGGCAUAACUACUGUGCAAAAACCCGACAGAAUAAUAGCUAGACGUGGUGCUCGUCAAGUAGGUUCAGUGACUUCAGUCGAGAGGAGUACUUUAGUCACAGUAGCCUUUGCGGUCAAUGCCAUCGUGUAGUAUACGUGUGUGCCGAUGGGCA